CAUUCCCUUCUCCUGGGCUAAUAAUUCGUGAUAAGUUGAUAGAAAUAGUUAAAAUACACGACUAAACUAUCAGUAAAAUAUAACAGCAGACAACUGAGACUCGAGUCCAUAUAGGUACCUAGGUAAUUAUUUCAAAAAACUCUACUAAAACUUUUAUAUGUAGUACAACGAAAUUCGUUAUCUUCGAAAAAAUAAGAUAUAUCUUUACGCAUCGAUUCGCUUUUCUAAGAAAGAUCAAUACCACUCACUAAUCGCAAGUAACCUUAAGUAGGUAUACCUAGAAAUACGUACAAAGUAUAAAUUAAGAUCGACUAAACCAAAAAUUUUCAGUUCGACAAACAAAUGAAAAAACCGGAUUUUAUUCAUGUAGCACAGCUCGACUCUUUACCUUGCAUAGAAAGUGCAGCUAUGCAUACAUUAAUCUAAGUGGUUGAAAAACACAAACAUAAAUCUCAUAGUUCGGUUGAAAAUUUACAAUGUGUAACUAGGUAUUUGUUUGCGAGACGCUAGAAUACUAUUUUUCGUACAUAUAAUUUCGUAUAUGUAUAAUAUUGAUUAAUUUCGAACUCGUCGUUAUUAUGUACUUAGUUAUGAAAAUAAUCGGCGCUAUUUUGAUUCUGAUAAUUCAUCAAAGUGUCACAGCUGAGGUGCUGGUCAGCACGAAAUUGGGCGAUAUUAGAGGUACGACCAGGAUUAGUCGAGAUGGAAAGAAAUUCAAUACUUUUUUGGGCGUUCCAUACGCAGAGCCGCCGAUUGGAGAUUUAAGACUCGAGAAUCCAAAACCAGCCAACCCAUGGAACGAGACACUAAACGCAACGUCAUACCCUCCGAUGUGCCCUCAACUGAGCACAAAAGGAUUCACGGGUCAAGAAGAUUGCUUAUAUCUGAACAUUUAUACGCCUCAAGCGCAAAAAAAUCAAACGAAGUUACCAGUCUGGGUAUUUAUUUUCGGAGGACGUCGAAUGCUGGGCCAUAGUUCGCCUUAUAAAUACGGACCGGAGUACAUUAUGGAUAAAAAAGUGAUUUUUGUAACCGUCAAUUAUCGUAUUGGGCCGAUGGGAUUCUUAAGCACAGAAGACUCAGCCAUCCCUGGAAAUUACGGUUUAAAAGAUCAGCAGGCAGCUCUGCGAUGGGUUCAGGAAAACAUCGAUGCAUUCGGAGGCGAUCCAACCAAUGUCACUUUGAGUGGAGGAAGUUCUGGAGCUUCUGACGUCAGCCUUCAUUUAAUAUCUCAAUCUUCCAAAGGUUUUUUUCACAGAUGUAUUUCACAAAGUGGACAACUAUUGAAUUUUUGGACACUGAUGAAGCCAGGUAAAGGUAGACAGGCUGCGUGGAAUUACGCCAAGGUUGUCGAUUGCCCUGCUAAAACUUCGGAACAGUUGUCGAUUUGCUUGAAAUCGAAACCGAUUGAAGAUCUCAUCCUAGCAACCAGAAAAUUAAUGCACGAUUUCUUCUUACCAGACACCAUGUUCGGGCCAGUCAUCGAGCAUAAACACGUCGAAGGAGCUUUCCUCGUCGACAAUCCAGCCGAAUUGAUGAAAACCCCCAGCAACAUACCUUGGAUACUCGGAGUGACUGCUGAUGAGGGAUCGUUAGGUUCAACUAUUGUAUUCGCCAAUUCGAAAGGUCUUAAUCAUUUCUCGAGGCACUAUAGAAAAAUUUUUCCGCAAUUUUUCGGCUACGAGCAUUCGUCUGGAGUGGAAAAUAUCACCGAUAUUUUGGUAUCCAGGUAUCUUGAACAUCGUCCUCUCGGAGAAUCAUUCUAUCCUUUUGGCGAGCUUUUUGGUUCCACUCACGCUUACGUAGGAGCGAUUGAAACUGCUUUACAGUACAGAGGACCGAAAUAUUUCUAUUUAUACGAUUAUAAAAAUCAUCCGGACUAUUUUCGUAAUUACGGAGGAAUUUCUAUCGGAAAAAAUACGAAAGGAACGUACGUCAAGUACGAAAUAGGACCAAUACACGGUGAAGAGCUCAUAAGCAUGUUCAACUAUCCGUACUUGCUUCCUCCAACUAUUCGAGGAAACGACAGAAUAGUCUCCGAUCAAGUCCUAUCUCUAUGGUACAACUUCGUGACAACCGGAGACCCAAAUGAUGAAAACGAACAAAUAUGGAAGCCGGUGACAACCUCGAAUUUGGAAUAUCUUCACAUAAACAAUCUCACGUUAACGAUGAAAGAUAAAUUGAUGUGGGAUGAAUAUCAGUUCUGGAAAAAGCUAGACACGAGUAUUUUGAUAACUUCGGAAACACACAGACCAAUAUGGAAAGAGAGCUGACAUUAGCCCAGGGCUCGAUUACGAGGCCAAGAAAUUCGAAUAAUAGAACUGAACAGAUACCUAUAUAAUUAAGUUACCUAUAUGGAUAAGGUUUUGUGAAUUGAGUUCGUUUAUAAACUUUAAAAUGUA